AUGACCAUUUUCGAGCCGACAAUGGGCAGCCAAGGUGGGACGGAGACGGCAAUUUGUGAUCACUGGCUUUACCAGUCUAUAUACCGAGUACCAGUAGUCGAAACUCUCAAACCCCUCGAAGACUUCGAGUCGAAGCUGUGGCCAUGCAAGCAGAUUCAACAUGUUCCUGAAAGUCGUGUGCAAGGAAGAUUGCUAAGGCUUUUUGACAUGUACAUGCAGCACAAGGUUUGUAAUGACGACACCGAGCCGUUCCUGGUGCCGGCCGGUACGCAGCUGCAGGCCAGCAGUGCAGCAACUCGACAGGUGAGGCUUUGGGUGCGGUCGGGCUAUCGCUUAAAUAUCCCAGGGAUAAGCAACAUCUCUUCCAAACAACAGGAUUAG